AUGUUUGACUCUUUGAAGCUCGACUGGAGAAGCCACGGCUGGGCCAUCUUCUACUGCGGGAUAUCAGCCAUUGGUGCCCUCUGCUAUGGCUACGACAAUACUUACUACAACGGCGUCCUGGCCAUGCAACAGUUCAAGAAUGACUACGGCACGCACCGCGAUGCAGACGGCAACCUUGCCCUGCCUUCCUCGUUCCAGUCCCUCACGGCUUCCGCAAUCUAUAUCGGAGACCUCCUAGGCGCCCUCAUCGCCGCACCCAUAAACGACCGCUGGGGCCGCAAAUCCACCUUCUGGUUCGCAUCAUUCUGUAUCCUGGCCGGCGGAAUCUGUCAAGUGGCUGAUACCAUCCACCACCAGGCCAUCAUCGUAGUCGGCCGCAUCCUCAUCGGCCUCGGGGUUGGCCAAUUCACUGUGACGUCCUUGUUAUACAUCGGCGAGGUCGCCCCCUCGAGCAUCCGCGGCCCAGCCCUAAUGAUGUUCCAAUUCCUGCAAUCCUGCUCGCAGCUCGUCGCAUCAGCCCUUAACCAGGGCACCGAAACAAUCAACAACUCCCUCUCCUACCGUCUCCCCAUGGGCGGCCUCGUCGUCCUCCCCCUGAUAAUGUUCGCCUUUCUCCCCUUCAUCCCCGAAACACCAAAGUGGUACAUCUCGCAAAACCGGCCCGCAGACGCAGAACGCAGUCUCCGCCGCAUAAACCGCAGCCAGCCAGACUACAACCCAACCCCCGAACUAACAACCAUCCAAAGAACACACCAAAUCGAGUGCGAACAGACCAAAUCCUCCUCCUCCUGGUCCUCGCUAGUAACAGACCCCAUCGAACGGCGCAAACUGGUCUUCUCCGCCGGCGCUAUGUUCUCCCAGCAGAUUUGCGGCAUCCUCUUCUUCUACGUCUACGGCGUCGUCUUCAUCCAGGAAAUUGGCGUCGCGGAUCCGUUUCUCGUGCAGCUCGCUAUCAAUAUCGUCCAGAUCUUCGCAGUCGGUGCAUCAGUGAUAACCGGGAAUAAAGUGUCAAGGCGAUCAAACCUCCUCGUUACAAACAGCAUAAUGCUAGCUGCGUUCAUCGUGAUCGGCGCCAUCGGGACCCGGCAUCUGACUUCUGACUCUCAGAUCGUCAUCGUGGUAUUCAGCUUCAUCGUCGUGGUCGGAUUCAAUUUCGGGCUCGGGCCACUGGCAUACACAAUCGCGCGCGAGAUGGCCGUAGGCGUGAACCAGAAUAAGAUCAUGAGUAGUUCGAUCGUGGUCUUCUAUUUCACGACGUGGCUGGUAUCGUUUACAGCGCCGUAUCUAUAUUAUGAUGCUGGGUUGGGGCCUAUGUUGGGGUUUGUGUAUGCGGGGACGACUUGUUUAGCCCUGGCUUGGACUUGGUAUUGCGUUGGGGAGACGGCGGGGAGGACGGGGUUGGAGAUUUCGUUGUUCUUUAGGGUGCAAAUUCCUGUAAGGGAGUGGAAGGGGUAUGCUUUUGAUAAUAACCAGGGGGUUGAAUUUGGUGGGAGGGAGAAGGUGUUGGACGAGAGGGAGGUGGAGCAUGUUGAGCGGACUGGUUGA